AUGAUGAUCAUGCGGGCAGAGAAAACACGAAAGUUCACCGCGGAAAAGCGUUGGUACGUGAUCAAUCCAGAGAGCAACCGCUUCGUCAUGUUCUGGCAGAUGAUGACCACUAUCGCCAUGGUGUUCGUGGCCCUCAUUACCCCGCUUCAGGUCGGCCUUUUCGAAAUACAGCUUGACAUGCUCUUGGCCGUCAGCCUCUGUGUUGAUUCCAUAUUCCUCCUGGAUAUGAUCCUGCAGUUCUUCACCAUGUACCCCAAGAAAACAGCUCGCGGCGUCCAGUGGGAGCACUCCCUGCGAAAGAUCAGCCGGCACUACAUGAAGACUUGGUUUCUGCUGGAUUUCGACAUUAUCAGCCUUGCUAUCCCUGGUGCUGACAACCUCAAGGAGUUCAAGGGCAUCAAAAUCAUCCGGGCGCUGCGCUUACUCAAGCUCAUGCGCAUAUUUCGCACCUCGAAAGUGAUACACAAGUUGGAGAUUGCGCUCUCCAUCCCGUACCAGCAGAUGGCCCUCAUCAAGUUCUUAUUGGUGCUGAUGUUGGUUUGUCACUGGCUCUCGUCCCUUUGGGCAAUGACCUUGGGGAUGGUCGACACUACGUAUCCUCAGUGGAUCGACGGGAUUGCUGCAUCCGACGCGGAGUUCGGAAUUAAUACGAAGACCUCGCCAUUCCGCAUCUACCUGGCUGCUUUCUAUUUCUGCAGCUACACGAUGACAUCUGUUGGGUACGGGGACAUCGGGCCAAAGAACAUCGUGGAACGCGGGUUCUGCAUUGCUAUCGUCCUCAUCGCCGGCUUGUGCUGGGCCUACAUCCUCGGUGAGGUUGGUGUCAUCGUCACAGACAUCAACUCGGAGAACCAAGGAUUCCGGAAGAAGAUGAACAGCUUGAAUCGCAUGAUGCAGGAGCGGGGUCUUCCACAACAUUUGCGAAGGCGGCUUCGAAGUUUCUUCCUGCAGAAUAAGCAUCAAGCACAGUUCGUAAGACAUCAAAAGCUGCUGGACAGCAUGAGCCCGCAGCUACAAGCGGAGGUGUCAACGGCCCUGAACUUGCAGUGGCUAAACCGCGUCUGGUUCUUCCGGCAGUUUAUGAGGGUCAUCGAGAGCAAGGAGAAGUCGGGCAUCAAUACGGACCUUCAUCGUGCGUGUAUCUCAGACAUCUCGCACCAGAUCGAAAGCCGGGCCUUCGCGCAGGAGGAGAUGUUCGGCGAUGUCCAGGUGCUUUACAUCCUCUCGAAGGGUUUGGUGGCACUGAACAGCAAGAUUGGCCUCUACGGAGCCGUUUGGGGUGAGGACUUUGUGCUUUCUGACGCAAGUCUCAUUCGACGAGUGUCCGCUUUUGCGCUGACCUACUUGGAGGUGUUGUGCCUAACCCACAGCAAGUUCAUGGAAGUGGUGGAGAGAAGGAGGAGUACCUGUCCUCAGCUGGCUCAGAUUGUCCGGCAGUACUGCGUGCGCGUUGCUACUCGCCGGGGCAUCCUAUCCGAGGCCCAUGUCAGAAGUGGACGUCAAUACAAAUACGCAGGGUAUAGGGAGCAACAAAGCCAUCAUGCUAAGAUACAAUUGUGUGCAAGUUGUUAG